GCCCAUCUGAUAGGCUGUUCUCAACGUGCCGUUUUCACACAACCCCUCCUAUCUCUGGCAAAUUUAAAUAACAAGAGAUUUAAAACCUUAAACAUAAACUUACAUGAAUACUUUAUUAGGUGUGAAAAAGUUAUGAUAUUUGAUAGUAUCAAUUGACGGAGAAAAUCGGAUACUUUAGAAAAUAAGCAUUUUUUUAGAAGGAAAAUAAGAACAGAAAUGGAACUUUUAUUGUGCGUUAAAUAAUUUUUAGUAGUGUUGCUAUUACAAAAAAAUCUUAAAACACUGGUUAUAUUAUUUUACAAUCGAAUGUUGAAUAAGGUAUCUUUAGUGACCGACAGGGGUAGAAUGAGCUCAUUAAGUGCAAAGGCACGCGCGUUUUCUGUUGAUGAACUUUUAGGAAAGAAAGAAAAGCAGACGACACCUAAAGAUGUUAAAAACGACAAAGUCGUUGGUCCCGACGGCGAGGAAGUUUGUCCGUUCAUGGGCGAUGAUCCAAACUGCCGCCACAAAAGUAUAGUGGAAGUAUUUGAUAAAGGAGGGGACUGUGUAAAGAUCGAACUUUGUCAGGCAGAACUUUGGCAUGCCUUCCAUUCCCUUGGAACUGAGAUGAUAAUCACAAAAACAGGACGGCGAAUGUUUCCAGCCGUACGGAUUCGUAUAUCAGGUUUAAAGAAAACAUCUAGGUAUAGAGUGUCCAUGGAAUUUAUACCUGUUGACAAAAACAAAUAUAGAUAUGUUUACCAUAGUUCACGAUGGAUGGUUUCUGGUGUUGGAGAUAGCAUGAAGCAGAAUCAAACAUAUGACCAUCCAGAAUCCCCGAUGACAGGAGAAUAUUUGACGUCACAAGUGAUUUCAUUUGAGAAAAUAAAGCUCACAAAUCAUGAAAAACCUGGCACCGGACAGAUAUCAUUGUUAUCAAUGCAGAAAUUUCAGCCCCGGAUAAUGAUCGAAGAAAAAAGGGGUACGACAGAUAAUCUGAUGUCAGUAACUUUCCCACAAACUUCUUUCAUAGCCGUUACAGCAUACCAAAAUCAAGAGAUUACAAGAUUAAAAAUUGCAAGAAACCCAUUUGCAAAAGGAUUCAGAGAGGCAGGCAAAUGCAGAAGCUCCUUAGAAGCUAUGAUGGCGUCAUUUGGUGUAGUUAUUGACACGAACCAUGGCGGGCACUCUUCUCCACCAGGGAAACGACGGUUUGAGGAACAACUAAAACAAGAUCACGCAGAACUAUCACCAUCAAAACAAGCAAUGUGGCAUUCACCGAUGUUCAUAGAUCAAAGGCUUUCAAAUCAUAUGCUCAUGUAUCCACCUAUGUUAUAUCAUGCAAAUCCAAUAUUUACAGCACAGAAUUCUCUAACACAAAAACAUUACAACAUUAAAGAUACAAACAACACAGAGACUGAUAAAGUGGAAGAUUUAACAUCAAAAUCGAGCUCAAAACCGUGUGAUAUUACCAUUGCAUCGUCUUCAUCAACAUUAUCAUCUUCAGGAUCAUAUUUAUCAACAUCGCCGGUAUCACCAACUCCAGUACUUCAACAAGGCGCUGAUAUACACCCAGCGUUCCCGUAUAUAAGUAGCAUUCAAUCACCGCCCAUUGAUCCACAUACUCUUGCUGCAUAUUAUAAAGGAAUUCUACAAAACCCGUCGUCGAACCAUAACUUUAUGUUUGUACCGUCCGCAAUGUUUCCAGUUCCCCCAGGAACCCAUUAUGAUCAUCGCACAUCUUGCUCAAGAAAUUCUGACAAUGUUGAAGAAGAGUUGAAAAGUUCAACCCAUCCUAGUUUGUGAUAUUUUUUUACAAACCAAAUAUUUUGUUUCUAUAAAUUGUUGAUAGAAAAUGAAGUAAAAGUAAUUUUCAGAAAUUGAACUUUGUGUCAAAAGCAUUCUGUGUUAAAAACAUUUUAUCUAAAAAAAUUACAACGUUAUCAAUUUCCCCAAUCGUUAAAACAAAAACAACGUUAUCAACUUCCCUAAUCGUAAACGCCAACAAAUGUGUUUAGAACAAAAAUCACAAAAUGCAAUUGGACUUAGUGUCCA